UGUAGAGAGGAGAGAGAGUGAACGGGGAGCGGGGCUUUUGUCUGUUGGUCUCCCUGGACUGAAGAGGGAGAAUAGGAGCCCAAGACUAAGAUUCUCAAAAUGGUUUAUUACCCAGAACUCUCUGUCUGGGUCAGUCAGGAACCAUUUCCAAACAAGGAAAUGGAGGGAAGGAUUCCUCAGGGAAGACUUCCUGUCCCCAAAGAAGUGAACCGCAAGAAAGACGAUGAGAUGGCCGCGGCCUCCCGGACUCCACUGGGUGGCAAUGAACUCCGCUCCCUGAGAAUUAGUUACCUCUACUUUUUUUAAUCGUAACACCUCCAUUUGUAUUACAUAUGGUGUAUGGGUAUUGAUGAGGUCAUGGUAUCAUAUAUGGGAUUUUUUUCUGUGUAAAUCAUCAAAUAUAAGAAGAAACUAUGGGACUCUGAGCCUUGCUUUAGAGAAUUUACAGUGGACAAAUAGCUAUCAUCAAACCAGUUUUUAAUCAUCCUGACUCAAGUGAAAACGCUCAGAAUUUCACACUGUGAAUCCACGUUUACAACCCUUACAGGUGGGCCCUCAGGCCUGGUUCGCUACGACAAUGUCUUCCACAACUCAAACUCCCACCGUGCUCACACAACCGGUCCACUCCGCCUCCCUCACACAGCUCCCGGCUGCUUCUGGCAGAGGCUGAGAGUCCCCAUUUUUUUUUUUUUUUCAUUUAGAUGUAACAAGCCUAGUAGUUUAUGUUCAUCAAUUGUCUGUAUAUCUCUCUAUUUUAUCCAUGUACUCUUUUGAUGUAUAGAAGUAGUUUGAAACUCAUUGUUUCCUUGUGGUAAGUGACCGAGGUGCUGCCACAGGACCUGAGACACUGAUGAAUGGUGCUAUUUUGGACUUUCAACAUGCUCCUUGGCGAGGUAGCUCUGAUGGAGUUCUUUUUUAUUUCCAUGUUCUAAGAAGGUGUUGGUAC